AUGUUGGUAGUUCGAUGGUUUGGCAGCAUGUUUUUGGUUCUCUGCUACCUGUUCCUAGUUUUCAGCAGCUGUGCAGCAGUACCUAGAAAAACAGGAUCGGCGUUGGACGAUGUUUUCGACGAAGAUUUUGGAAAUGAUAUUGGAAAGGGUGCUUUGACCCAAGGCACUGAAAAUUUGGCCAAGAACAAUGGUGAUUAUGAUGAAGGGGACAUAGAUCGGGACAUGGAAGAAGGAAAUAAACAUGGAAGAAACAAGAAAGAUCACGAUGCAGACAUUAGAGAGAAUGGAGAGGAAGAGAAUGAAAAUGUCAUUGAAAAUAAUAAUGGAGAUGAAAACUAUCUGGAUGAACUAGACGAAAACAACGAAGGAAAUAAAAUUGAAGGUCAGCAUGAAGAUCGCAGGCAGCCUGGCCGAGCUGUUAGAGUGCUGGACUUUUAAUUCGGUGGUCUCCAGUUUAAGUUCUGCACUAAAUCCAAGUCCAGCGCGCGCUCAAAUCCUCGGCCAUUCUUGUAACAUAGGCAACUGGUUUUCCUCCUACCAUUUGGGAUUUUUAACCAUGACAUGUUCCAUUUAUAUUGUUUGUUUCAUUAUCCCCCAAAAGCCGCACAAGGGGAGAGGAUAAUUAAAAUAUUAUUAUCAGUAUCAUUAUCAUUGUCAUUAUCAUUAUUAUUAGAUCAACUGAACACAGAGGAUAACGACUGCGAGGAUGAGGAAAGAGAGAAUGAAAAUGAAGAUGAUGAAACAGCAGUGAAGGAAGAAAAUGAGCUAGAAGCUGUUUCAAGACAUGCAAAAAAUGAUAACGAAGGUAAGAACUUCAGAUCUGAUAAAAAAAAAAAUUAAAAAUUAAAAAACACUCACACACACUUUGGCCUAUUGAAAUGCCUCCUCUGAUUUCAAGAGACCGAUAUCAAUAUCGAAUGAAACACUAAGGCAAAAGGCCAAAGAACGAAAAUUUUCAUGAGCCGAAAGAAAAUUUGUGAGUUAAGUUCGUCUGAAUGAGUUUGGAUCGUACUACAAGUUCUAUCCGUCUGUUUCAGACGGACAGAUACGUCUGAAGAUCGUCUCCGGGACAAUGAGCGAUCUCGUUCCCAUGCAAAGAACUAAACUAACAAAUUAAAAAUUUGUAUUGUAUUGGUAUAUUUAGCCUCGUGCGGGAAAAUUUUAUGAAAAUUUUUUUUUGGUCUGAUUUAGUUGAUCGGUUCGACGUCUGACCCAACAGAAGGUCCUACCUUAAUUCAGGUCGACCAAAAUUAGAGCCUGUUUCGUCUCAUGAAAAGUUCGACGUUUGACCUACAAGAGGCCUAAGCAUAGUGUUCUCAAAUGAAAAAGCAUGAUUUGAAGAAAUUCUUAUCUGAAGGUCGCAAAACUUUGAGGUUCUUAAGAUCGGAUAUCUAAAACACUUUCAUAGUAGCAAUUUUCUUUACUUUCUUUUCGUGAAAUAUCAAAUAAUUUGAGGAGGUGUUUCUACUUAUACAUGGAAAAAAUGAAACGUCGUCUGCUCGUGGUAGUGGUACUGUGGUAUUAGUUUUUUCACACAUUGGUUACUCAAAUAACGCAUUGGGCAUGAUUGUUUUGUUAUUGCCUUUUCACAAAUUAGACUUUGAAAUCGAAGUGAAUAGAGAUAGAUUGAAAAACGAGAUGCCAAUCGGCAAAACACCGAGUUCAGGCCAGCCAUUUUGAUUCUUUCAUGGGGAUUGCGAAUUAUCCUCUUUCUAGGGAGUCAAUAUUUCUCCAAUACAAAUAUCAAAUGCAAGAUUCAAAGACUUAUUGGUGCGAGCCUUGACGAGCCUUGGUGGGAUACAAGUGAUUGCACAGUUUAUAAAUCCAUAUAUUAAAUUUAAUUCAUGCUACACCUCUCCGUACUACAAUUGUCAGUGGUUCAUAUCUUAUAUGUUUUCAAGCAUGUUAUGUCGCUUGAUAUAUCAACGCUUCAAUAAGAUAUAAACUGUUGCAUCUCAAUGACCUUUGGUCACGAACAUUGAUUGAAAAGCCGGCUGAUGAAUAACUGAUAAGAGUUCGUGCUGUCACGGCUGUAUAUUUCACGUUGUGCGUUUUCACGAGAAUACAGCCGUCUCUCCACAGUCACUCAUCACCUUUCGGUAAGCUACUUGUCAGGGAACUAAAAAGCAAUUGUGAGUAGCAUAGUUGAAUUCAAUAACAGUCUUGUUUACUGUGUUGUUGAAUUUAAUUUCCACGUUCAUGAUCUACUUUGAUUCCUUCUGUUGAUGCUGGAACUAUUAAAUAGGGCUUUCUUAUUCACGCUCACAAUUAUGAAAGCGGUUCUCAACAUGAAUCACACCUUUAAGGUAAAAGCUCAUGUUCGCCCGCACCUCCAAACCGAUGGUUACUGCCAGUUCUUAUGUUUUCCUCACUAGGAAUGAAUCAGCAUGAAGCUGAAGACUAUCAGCGUAGGCGACGAAGAUGCCGAAGACGUGGGCGAUUCAGGAUAAGCGUCAAAGUCAUGAGGCUUGGUCAAGGAUAUCAAGGACGUCGCAUCAUAUGCAUAGCAUUAUGGGGCCGUAGACGCCGUAGGAACCGCUGGAGACGCCGACCCAUCAAAAUACUAUGUACACGAAUUAGGCGACGCCGAAAACCUACUCCGGCCCCCACUCAGGCACCCACUCAAGGACCUACCCAUGGAACUCCUCCGGAACCUACUCAGGGACCUAGUCAGGUACCCACUCAGGGACCUACGCAGGGACCAACUUCUGAAGUUACUGAGUGUUGUCCUCCGGUACCUACUCAGAGCCCCACUCAGGGACCUCCAGCACCUACUCAAGGACCUACUCAAGGACCUCCUCCGGCACCUACACAGGGACCCAGUCAGGGACCUCCAGCAACUACUCAAAAAACUACUAAGGGCACUCCUCCGGUACAUACUCAGGCACCAACUCCCAAAAAUACUCAGGGACCUCGUCCAAAACCUACUCAGGGACCUACUCAGCGACCUACUCUGACACCAACCCAGCUUCCUACUCAAGGACCACCAGGGCCUUCUCAGGGACCCGCCACUGGACCUACUGCUGGACCCACUCCAGGACCUUCUCAGGGACCUACCGACGGGUCCACUGAUGGGCUUACUGAGGGACCUUCCCAGGGACCCACUGCGGGAUCUUCGGCACCUAGUCCUGGAGGGACAGAGCCCACCCCUGGCGGAACAGAACCCACUCCAGCAGGACGAUAG